AUGCCAAAGAAGAGAGCUUCCAACGGGAGAAACAAGAAGGGUAGAGGCCACGUCAAGCCAGUCAGAUGCGUCAACUGUUCCAAAUCCAUUCCAAAGGACAAAGCCAUUAAGAGAAUGGCCAUCAGAAACAUCGUGGAAGCCGCCGCAGUGAGAGAUUUAUCUGAAGCCUCCGUCUACGCUGAAUACGCCCUGCCAAAGACUUACAACAAGUUGCAUUACUGUGUCUCUUGUGCCAUUCACGCUAGAAUCGUUAGAGUCAGAUCAAGAGAAAACAGAAAGAUUAGAGCUCCACCACAAAGACCAAGAUUCAACAGGGAAAACAAGGUUUCCCCAGCUGAUGCCGCUAAGAAGGCCUUAUAA